CUCUCCUGCAGGGGGAGGCCACAGGAGCAGAGGCCAUGUCCCACGAAAAGAGUUUCCUGGUGUCCGGGGACAACUAUCCACCGCCCAACCCUGGAUACCCUGGGGGACCCCAGCCCCCAGUGCCACCCUAUGGACAGCCUCCCUACCCCGGGGGGCCCUACCCUCAGAGUUCCUUCCAGCCCACACCCUAUGGGCAGCCAGGGUACCCCCAGGGGCCUGCCCCCUACCCUCAAGGCGCUGUUCCGUACCCACAGGGGCCGUAUCCCCAAGGGGGCUACCCACAGGGGCCGUACCCCCAUGGAGGUUACCCGCAGGGGCCAUACCCCCAGAGUCCCUUCCCCCCCAACCCCUAUGGACAACCCCAGGUCUUCGAGCCACAGGACCCAGGCUCUCCUCUGCAUGGGAACUACCAUGAAGAAGGGCCGCCGUCCUACUAUGACAACCAGGACUUCCCCGCCACCAACUGGGACGACAAGAGCAUACGACAAGCCUUCAUCCGAAAGGUGUUCCUGGUCCUAACCCUGCAGCUGUCGGUGACCCUGUCCUCCGUGGCCGUGUUCACCUUUGUGGACGGUGUGAAGGACUUUGUCCGGGCGAACGUCUGGACCUACUACGUGUCCUAUGCCAUCUUCUUUGUGUCCCUCAUCGUCCUCAGCUGCUGUGGGGACUUCCGACGCAAGCACCCCUGGAACCUCGUUGCACUGUCCAUCCUCACCGUCAGCCUGUCCUACAUGGUGGGCAUGAUUGCCAGCUUCUACGACACGGAGGCCGUGAUGAUGGCCGUGGGCAUCACCACCGUCGUUUGCUUCACCGUGGUCAUCUUCUCCAUGCAGACCCGCUACGACUUCACGUCGUGCAUGGGGGUGCUGCUGGUGAGCGUCGUCGUGCUGCUCAUCUUCGCCAUCCUCUGCAUCUUCAUCCGCAACCGCAUCCUGGAGAUCGUGUACGCCUCGCUGGGCGCCCUGCUCUUCACCUGCUUCCUGGCAGUGGACACCCAGCUGCUGCUGGGCAACAAGCAACUGUCUCUGAGCCCCGAGGAGUACGUGUUUGCCGCGCUGAACCUGUACACGGACAUCAUCAACAUCUUCCUGUACAUCCUCGCCAUCAUCGGCCGUGCCAAGGAGUAGCCACGCCGCCCGCCCGCCAGGACCCUGCCCCUGGCAUGGCAGUGCCACCAAACCUCCCCCUCUGGUCCCGGGCCUGGCCUUGGCGGAGGGUGCCCUUGCCAGCUGUAUGUACACUGCAGACACUUCGUGUGGACCCGCGUGGCCAUGCAUGGUCUCCUUCCUGUAGCCCUCCUGCCCUGCCCGGGCUGACGGCAGGGUGUCCGUGCCCUCCCUCCCACCCCCCACCCUCACCCUUCACUGUUGCAUGAGCCUUGCCUGCCAGUCCCGCCCAGGGUCUGGGGGCAGAACCAGGUCCCAGGGAAGAGGGAAUGAGCCAAGAAGAGGGUGCACGUCUCCUCUCCUGCCCCAUCCCUAGCCUGGCAUCGCCGCCGUAUCUCCCUCAUGCUGGAGUGCCGCCCUCUCAGGUGGGAGGGCAGGUCCUCCCCUUUGCUGAGCCCCAAGGCAGGGGUGGGGGGAGGGGCCGGAAGGACACCGCCUUCUGUUCUGAUGUCAUUAAAGUUCAAUAAGCAGAAAGA